UACCUCAUCCCCACUUGUGGAGCAGGAGGCAGAUGGCGAUAGAGCCACAACUGAGUCCUUUUUUGCCUUCCACAGCAGAGGAGCCAGAGGCUGAAAGUAUGACGGCAAGCCCUCAGAAUUUCCAGCAACGAGAGAAUGCAUCACUAGGAGUAGAAGAGACAUCUGUAGCUGAAGUGGAGACAACUAAAGGCAUCGCCCCUAGCAGUGUGAGCUUCACCAGUGCUGCAGAAGUUACCCAAGCUCAACAGCCAUCUGUAGACCAGAGGAGGAGAACAGAUGUUUGGAAGGUAGAUUACCAAGAGAAUGUUUUCCAUUAUGAUUACUAUUCCCUGCGCAAAGGGGGCUUGAUAGCUGCUGCCAUCCUCUUCAUCCUUGGCAUUCUCAUUCUCACCUGUGGGAAACAUGGAAAAUCUCGAUGCAGAGGGAAGAAGCGGACAAGGAACUAUGACGUGACUCCAGCCUGAAGCCAUCUCCUAUCCUCUGGAGGACUGCACUGAUUGGGAGGAGCAGGGCGGGGUGGGUGGGGCUGCUUUGAUUGACAGAUCUGCUUUGACAGAUCGUAAUGUAACCUGUUAUCCCCCAAUAGGGGAGC